AUGGAGAGUGGUAAGAAGACAAUUGGUGUGGUGGCGCUGGUCGCUGCAAUGGUGAUGCUGCAACUCGCGAUAGCUCCGACGGCCAUGGCUCGCUCACUGCAGGGCAUGAAAACAGAUGAGUUGCUUCGGGCGUUCGAGGUUGGAAUGGGAGUGAAUAUGUAUUAUUGUGCUGGAACAUGUGUUGUUAGCCCUUGUUCCGGGACUUCCGCGGAUUGCCGUUGCCAAUGGCCCUCAUGCGUGGCGUAG